AUGGAUGAUGAGGACGACAUGGAGGGUAUCGAAGAGGAAGAGAGCGACGAGCGCGGCUUCAACAUGAUGUUCUUGGGUGCCACGAUUAACGGCGAGGCCGACCAGGAUAUCGAUCCCUAUGAGCAACCAGUUGACGGACGCACUCCUCGCUCCAGGAAGCGCUCGCGGCCGUAUACAGAUGGCCCUUACUACGAAGAUGACAGUCGGGGUGUCGCACGACGCUUUACUCCAUCCCGAUGCUCCUCCGAUCCCCCCCCUUCCAUCUUCAUCAACAUCUUCACUUCCUUCUUCAACAUCUUUCCUUCCAUCUUCAUCAACGUCCACUCUUCCGAUAUCGUCCUCCAUCAGCCACCCAGGCUCAUCGACCGUCGCUGCGACCCUUUCUACAACGGCGUCCGUCGCUACUUCUAUGUUCUCCAAUGCCUCAUAGUUCCUCAGGGUCUUCUGGCCCCUGCAGCUGUUGGGGGAAAUGCGUCGGCCAUUAUCGCUGGCUCUAGCUCGCUCAGCACCCACAGAAUUGGUGCCGCAGGGCUGUCUCGGUCCGAGGUCUUGUACAGUGCACGUACUGGAAGCUCCCUCCAGAAGGAAAGGCGCAAUGGCACCGAAUACUUUCGUAUCUGUGCUUUGCGGCUGAUGUUUAAAUGGGACUCAGCUGCCGACUCAAAAGAGUGGGAAGAGGCGGCCAAGCGGUAUAACGACCCCAACCUCGAACUAAACCCCCAUCACUAUUUCACCCAUCACGGGCAGCCUCCGGGUGAUGGGCCUCGACAUGGAAGCUAUCUAAGGGCGGAAUGUAAGAAAAUAGAUAGUACAAUAAGAAGGAAGAUGGCGAAGGCGGUUGCGACUGGUAGUACCCUUUCACGCUUUUGGGCCAUGCAGACCAAGUGGGUCGCACCGAUGAAUUCAAGGAGGAAGCGGAUAACAGCAAACGGAUGCCCCGCAAAGGACAACAUAUGCCGCCGGUGCCGAAAAGUCAAAACUUGUCACGCUAUCAGGAGUAUGAAUCACGCCAAGCACCAUUGCGAUGACGGCUUCCUGUUGAGAACGAGGUUGAUCCCCUACCCGAUUGGGCCGCCUGCAGGCAAGGAUAACAACGCUUUCCUGGUUGACGUGGCACCAGAAGGGAAGGUGAAGAAGACGGAAAGGCGGAUGAACGGGUACAUGUAG